UCAGCGAAAGGAUGCACUCGCCCGCCCAGUCGCCCAUCCUGGAUGUCACCGAGACCGUGUCGCUCCAGUCCGAACUGGACGCGGACUUGGAGUCGAAGAAGAACCCGCCCUACUCCUUCUCCGUUCCGCAGAGUCUCCGUCUGCCCGGCCUCGGUUUCCCCGGAAUGAUCGCGGCCAAGAGAUCGUCGGAAUCCCUACCUGCCUUCGAGUACAUUGCUCCGCCAAACCACGCCCUUCAGGCUCUGGAGUUUCCUCUCAUGGAGCUGAAUCGAGUGGGCGUGAUGGGUGGCGGCAUGUUUCCGGGAUUUAUGCACCGACGGGUUCGCGGCGAAAAGCGACCCAUUCCGGAGGCUCAAAAGGACGCCAAGUAUUUUGAGCGGAGAAAGCGUAACAAUGAGGCGGCCAAAAAGUCACGGGAUGCGCGCAAAAUCCGAGAGGAUCGGAUAGCCUUUCGGGCUGCCCUGCUGGAACAGGAGAACUCCAUCCUGAGGGCCCAGGUCCUGGCGCUGAGGGACGAACUGCAGACGGUGCGACAGCUCCUGGGAGCCACAACCGCCGGCGGCAUGUUGUCCAUGGCCAGGCAGGUGUGA